AUAAAUGCCAUACAUACUUCUUCUUUUUCAGUACCAUUACAAAUAUCCACAUUGGUCCAUUUCUCAAAUGAAAACGGGAAUUGCCACCACCACCAUGGCCUCACUACCUCAAACCAUCAUUCUCUUCCUUCUCCUCUUGGGUGCAUUCGCCCAAGCCCGCGAUCCAUUUGCUUGUGACUCCAAAGAUGCCAAGACGUCAAGCUUGCCGUUUUGCAAGGUCUCGAUGCCGAUACCGAACAGGGUGACGGACCUUCUCGGAAGGUUGACAAUGCAAGAGAAGGUUAGGCUGCUGGUGAACAAUGCUGCAGCAGUUCCACGGCUGGGGAUCAAAGGGUACGAAUGGUGGUCCGAAGCUCUUCAUGGCGUCUCCAAUGUGGGACCUGGAACCAAGUUCGGUGGAGCCUUCCCUGGGGCUACCAGCUUCCCUCAAGUAAUCUCGACCGCUGCUUCUUUCAAUGCCACAUUAUGGGAAGCCAUCGGAAGGGUUGUUUCAGAUGAGGCAAGGGCGAUGUACAAUGGGGGAGCGGCUGGGCUAACAUACUGGAGCCCAAAUGUAAACAUAUUCAGGGACCCAAGGUGGGGUCGUGGUCAGGAGACUCCAGGUGAAGACCCGGUGCUGGCUGGUACAUAUGCAGCCAGCUAUGUGAAGGGCUUACAGGGAAAUAAUGGUGACCGGUUAAAGGUGGCGGCUUGUUGCAAGCACUUUACGGCCUAUGACCUGGAUAACUGGAAUGGAGUGGAUAGGUUCCACUUUAAUGCCAAGGUAAGCAAGCAGGACAUCGAGGAUACAUUCGAUGUACCCUUCAAAAUGUGUGUACAGGACGGUAAUGUAGCCAGCGUUAUGUGCUCUUACAAUCAAGUCAAUGGUGUUCCAACCUGUGCUGACCCUAAUCUCCUAAAGAGAACCAUACGAGGUCAAUGGAAUCUCAAUGGGUACAUUGUUUCAGAUUGUGAUUCAGUGGGGGUGUUUUAUAAUACCCAACAUUACACAUCAACACCUGAAGAAGCUGCUGCAGAUGCCAUCAAAGCAGGUCUGGAUUUGGAUUGUGGGCCUUUUUUGGCUCAAUACACUGAAAAUGCAGUAACAAGAGGAUUGUUGAAGGAGGCUGAUGUUAACAGUGCCUUGGCAAACACGCUCACAGUCCAAAUGAGACUCGGCAUGUUUGACGGGGAACCGUCUGCACAACCAUUCGGGAACUUGGGGCCAAAAGAUGUGUGCACACCUGCUCACCAAGAGCUCGCCCUCGAAGCUGCUAGACAAGGCAUUGUUCUGCUUAACAAUCGUGGUCCUUCAUUGCCUUUAUCUCAUUUACGUCACCGCACGGUUGCUGUUAUCGGACCUAACUCCAAUGCUACUGUUACAAUGAUUGGAAACUAUGCUGGUGUUGCAUGUGCAUACACAUCUCCUUUGCAAGGGAUAGGGAAUUACGCAAAGACAAUUCAUCAAAUGGGAUGUGCAGACGUAGCUUGCAACGAUGACAAGUUAUUUAGUGGGGCAAUCAAUGCUGCUCGUCAAGCAGAAGCUACGGUUUUAGUAAUGGGGCUUGACCAAUCGAUUGAAGCAGAGUUCAGAGACAGGACAGGGUUGCUUUUGCCAGGCCGGCAACAGGAACUUGUUUCUAAAGUAGCCAUGGCGUCGAAGGGUCCAACCAUACUAGUUUUGAUGUCGGGUGGGCCUAUUGAUGUGUCUUUCGCUAAGAAUGACCCUCGAAUAGGUGCCAUUUUGUGGGCUGGUUAUCCAGGCCAAGCUGGUGGAGCUGCCAUAGCUGAUGUAUUAUAUGGCACAACCAAUCCAGAGGGUAAGCUGCCUAUGACAUGGUACCCACAAGAGUAUGUCUCAAAUUUGCCAAUGACGGACAUGGCCAUGCGUUCAAGCCCAAACAGAAACUACCCUGGAAGAACCUACAAGUUCUACAAAGGUCCAGUAGUGUAUCCGUUCGGUCACGGAUUGAGUUACACCAACUUUGUUCAUACCAUUGCUAGUGCACCCAAAGUUGUCACGGUCCCUCUUGAUGGCCACCGCCAUUCAGGGAAUGCUACCAUUUCAGGGAAGGCGAUCAAAGUAAAUCAUGUGAGAUGCAACAAGCUCUCGGUAGGGCUUCAAGUAGACGUGAAAAAUACGGGUUCCAAGGAGGGUACUCACACCAUGCUUGUAUUCUCGAAGCCACCUGCUGGGCAUUGGGCUCCACAAAAACAGCUGGUGGCCUUUGCCAAAGUGCAUGUUCCAGCAAGGUCACAACGACGAGUAGGAAUCAACAUUCAUGUGUGCAAGUUUUUAAGUGUUGUGGAUAGGUCUGGGGUUCGAAGAAUCCCAACUGGUGUUCACAAUCUCCAUAUCGGUGGCGCUAAGCAUUCUUUAUCUCUUCAGCCUGUAACUUUAGGGGUAAUCAAGUCCUAGACUUCUCCAAGGCAAAAGAAGGGAUGCAUUUCUAUAAAAGGCCAAAUUCAACAAUUACUAUAGUUGAGGGAAGAUUUAAUGUCAGUCCAUAAUAAAUAAGAAGAAAAAAAGAGAGAAAAAAGUUCCAAAAGGAAUAGAUUUUUUUCAUAAAAAUAAGCCAAUUCUUUGAAUGGAGAGAACUUGUUUGAAUUUAGCUGUCAGAGAAAGAAGGAUACAGCCAAAUAAAAUUGGGUUAGUCAUUGUUUGUACUAUUAGAUUUACUUUGAAUUAAAGUUCACAAUUAGUUGGUAACCCUCUUAGUCCCAUAUGAGACUUUUCCUUUGUAACUUUGAUCGCUGGAAUGAAUACUUGUUACUUUCUUCUCUCUA